GAACAAAAUUUUGAAGUAGAGGACUAUAAUUUCUGUAGAAGCUAUGGCACUUCGAUCACUAAGCAGGAGGCUGGGGAGCAGAGUUUUGAGUUAUCGUUCCUCUAUUUCUUCGCUUCAUUCUCACGCCACAAGUUUCGACUCGUUGGGAAGCUGAGUCCAUUUGCAGGGAUGAAGCAUCUUGAUGUGGCCGGUGGAACAGGUGAUGUUGCGUUUAGGAUCUAUGAUGCUGUUUACAGUGUGAAACGAAGAGCAUUGCAGAAAGUUGACGAGGCUUCACUUGAAGAAACUCAGAUAUACGUAUGUGACAUUAAUCCCAACAUGUUAAACGUUGGGAAACAGCGCGCUGCUGAGAGAGGUCUAAGAGAUAACAAGUCACUCGUAUGGGUGGAAGGAGAUGCAGAGGCCCUGAGUUUCGAUGACAAUUCGAUGGAUGGAUACACUAUUGCAUUUGGAAUAAGGAAUGUCACACACAUCGAAAAGGCUCUCGCAGAGGCUUAUAGGGUACUAAAACGGGGAGGAAGAUUCUUGUGCCUUGAGCUAAGCCAUGUAGACAUUCCGGUCUUCAAAGAUCUAUACGAUUUGUAUUCUUUCCAGGUGAUUCCAAACUUAGGGGAACUGAUUGCCGGUGACCGUGAAUCAUAUCAGUACUUGGUUGAGAGUGUUCGUCGGUUUCCUCCUCAGGAGCGAUUUGCAUCGAUGAUCGCAGACGCAGGAUUUGAGAAGGUGGAGUACGAGAACCUUGUUGGUGGAGUUGUCGCCAUUCACUCUGCCAUAAAGCUCUAA